AUGGCAGGAAGCCUUGAACCUCGUACUAGUGCCCGGUGUACUAUUUGGACGUCGUCAGGCCCUUUGAAAGUCGAACUUUGGGCUAAAGAGUGCCCUCGAACUGCCUUCAAAUUUUUGGAAAAUUGUGUCCAAGGCCGGUAUAAUGGUGUCAAAUUCGAGAAGAAAGUGUAUGACGCUGCUGUUCAGUCGUCAGAGAUUGAGAACGAGCCAUGGGGAAAUUUAGAGAAUGAUUCCAGAAUUAAAAUGAAUCGCAGAGGGCUUCUGGCAGUGAAUGUGGAAUCAAAGGGCGGAUUUUUCAUCACGCUUCGAGAGACAUCAGAGCUGGACGGCCAGGUGACAGUUUUGGGUCAAUUGGUUGAUAACUCGUUUUAUACUUUGCUGAAAAUCUCCGAAAAAGAGUUCAAAUCGGGAACUCAGGACCAAACGUAUCUGUACCCGGCCACUGUGGAAAGAAUCGAGGUAGAAGAGCGAUAUUUCGAAAACUUGAAUAUCGAGAAGAAAAGGGAAGCGUCUAGUGUUCCUGGAGCAGUUCCAAAACGAGUGAAAAGAGCAGCAAAAGUGCAGCUCGACUACGACCAUGAGGAAGACGAAGAGGACGACGAACCUUCAGAAACGGUCAAUAUCAAGAUAACAGCAGCACACGACCUCUUGGCUUCAAAGGGGCUCAUGCGCCAAGCACCGGACACGCAAUAUCGCCACGAUGUAAGCGAAGACGUCGCGGCCGUGGAAUCCAGGCAGCCCACUGAUCCUACAGACCCGAAAUUGACCUCUUUUGCAGUUCCUGACACCCCCACGCACCAACAUCACAAUGCUGAGGCUGCUGCAGAUUCCGAAAACCCCACCGACCAGCUUUCGAGCCGAGAAGCUGACACCAUGGCAAUGCUUGCCAAAUUCAAGCAGCGGCUAGCACGUUCAAACUCAUUGAGCUCUCAUCAGCUCAAUUUUGAAGAUCGCGAAUCUUGA